AAACCGGCCAGUUACGCCCUGUACCGGAGACGGGCUGGUGCGAGAGAUACAACUGCGAAACCAAUAUAACACGACUGAGUUCUAACUAGGUCUAAUCAGGGAUAUUAAAUACUGAUUGACACAUAUACUGUGUUGUUCAAAUGUUAAUGAAUCAACUGUAAUACAGCUGUUUAUUUUAUUUUACUUUAUUUACUAAUGUAAGAUAGCUGCCUCUGCAAUUUACUUGCCCCGAUUUGCUGAAAGGAAUGAACUAUCGAGGUGUCAUCAAGAUGCUGCAUUUGUUGAAUUAUUAAUUACAGAAAAUUCUUUCUUCGGUCCCACAUUUAAAUUUUUUUUCCCGAACUGUCGUAUGUCGGCGGACAGGGAUAUGCACCGUAUGCUGGAAGACCCACGGGAGGACAAGUGUACGCUUUCCACAUUAUUCUCGUGCGGAGCGUCGUAGACAUGGAUCCCCGUGCGCAGUAAAUUGCUCGACCUCUCACAGGACCUGUGCAGUUUCACUUUUUACGCCUUCGUUGUAAUCUAGUGUUUCUUUUACUGUCAAGCGCGGAGGAAUGAAUCGGACCUGGCUCUAAAAAGGGGACAGAGCUGACGCAUACGGGGUAUCUCGGUUGCUCUCCACGAAACAAUCAAAGGACGCUGGUAUGGCCGAGAAGUCCAUGGAACCCGGAUCUGUCAGCAUCUCCAUGGAGGAGACCGUUCGCAAUGGGGGUGCACCGGAGCCGCCCCUGCUGACGCACCUGAAGAAGGUGGAGAAUCACAUCACAGAGGCGCAGCGCUUCUCCCACCUCCCUCGACGCUCCACUGUGGACCUGGAGUUCACUGAGCUCUCCUACUCCAUCCGAGAGGGCCCCUGCUGGCGCAGGAGAGGCUAUAAGGCCUUGCUGAAGUGUCUGUCAGGGAAGUUCUGCAGCCGGGAGCUGAUUGGCAUCAUGGGGCCCUCUGGAGCUGGAAAAUCUACUCUGAUGAACAUACUGGCAGGAUACAGGGAGACGGGGAUGAAGGGCCAGAUCCUGGUGAAUGGGAAGCCCCGGGAACUCCGCACUUUCCGGAAGAUGUCCUGCUACAUCAUGCAGGAUGACAUGCUGCUGCCGCACCUCACAACGCGGGAGGCCAUGAUGGUCUCUGCAAACCUGAAGCUGAGUGAGAACAUAGAUGUGAAGAAGGAGCUGGUUGAUGAGAUUCUCACAGCCCUGGGACUCCAGGAAUGUGCUCACACUCGAACCAUCUCUCUGUCGGGGGGCCAGUGCAAGCGCCUUGCCAUCGCUCAGGAGCUGGUCAACAACCCGCCCGUCAUGUUUUUCGACGAGCCCACCAGUGGCCUGGACAGUGCCUCCUGCUUCCAGGUGGUCUCCCUCAUGAAGUCUUUGGCCCUGGGUGGGAGGACCAUCAUCUGCACCAUCCACCAGCCUAGCGCCAAACUUUUCGAGAUGUUCGACAAGCUAUACAUCCUGAGCCAGGGCCAGUGCAUCUAUAAGGGGACUGUCCCAUGCCUGAUCCCUUACCUGAAGAACCUGGGUCUGCACUGUCCCACUUACCACAACCCUGCUGAUUUCAUCAUUGAGGUGGCGUCCGGUGAGUAUGGAGACCUGAACCCUACCCUGUUUGAGGCCGUGCAGGGGGGCAUGUGUGCUCUCGAGUCCAAGAAGAACUCCAGCGACAAGAAUGACCCCGCCUCUUCCUGUCCAUCACAGCCCCACAGCGAUUAUGGGCUUAUUGAGAAACAUACCUUUGCCACCAGCACCUUCACCCAGUUCUGCAUCCUGUUUAAGAGGACCUUCAUCUCCAUAUGCAGGGACACGGUGUUGACGCAUCUCAGAGUGAUGUCACACAUCUGUAUCGGGGUGUUGAUUGGCCUGCUGUACCUCAACAUUGGGAAUGAUGCCAACAAAGCCUUCAACAACACUGGCUUCCUCUUCUUCUCCAUGCUCUUCCUCAUGUUUGCUGCCCUGAUGCCCACUGUCCUCACCUUCCCUCUAGAGAUGUCAGUGUUUCUGAGGGAACACCUGAAUUACUGGUACAGCCUGAAGGCCUACUACCUAGCCAAAACCACAGCAGACAUUCCCUUCCAGGUUAUCUGUCCCAUCAUGUACUGCAGCAUUGUGUACUGGAUGACAGAACAGCCCCCUGAGGCGGGAAGGUACCUGCUCUUCAUGGCACUGUCCACCUCCACCGCCCUGGUGGCUCAGUCCCUGGGCCUCCUGAUCGGGGCGGCUUCCACUUCCCUCCAGGUGGCCACGUUUGUGGGGCCCGUCACUGCCAUCCCCGUGCUCCUGUUCUCUGGAUUCUUCGUCAACUUUGACACCAUUCCUAAGUACCUUCAGUGGAGCUCCUAUGUUUCCUACGUCAGGUACGGGUUUGAGGGUGUCAUCCUGUCCAUUUAUGGGAUGAACCGCUCGGAGCUGGACUGCCCAGGGAAGGACUGCAAGUUCCAGAAGCCAGAGGAAGUUCUGCAGCUGCUGGAUGUGGAGGAUGCCAAGCUCUACAUGGACUUCAUCAUCCUGGGCAUCUUCUUCCUUGUUUUGAGGCUGGCUACCUACCUGGUUCUCCGCUACAAGGUCAAGUCAGAGCGAUAGGUUCCAAGUGCCCCCACUCCCCCCCACACGAUACAGUCAAAAAAAUAAACUAAGAUCAAACACGCACAUACACACAAGGGUCCUGCUAACCUGCACAACAAAUACACAACAAAUAAGGCUCCAAAACUACUUCAUACCUUUAUAAAACAGAAUACCAGGAAGGUGUCCGAAGGGUAAAUUCCCUUUUGUUGGUUUCAUUUUAGGUUUUAGGAUGUCUGCAUGGUUAAUACAAUACCAGUUUGUAGCAAUAGAAAUAGAUCAUAACCUCAGAAAGGGCCUCUCAAUUCUAAGCUAUGACUCCCACUACCACUGCAAAUUGGGCUGUAGUAAGGGAGUGGAACCUCUGUGGAACUAGCCCGCAGAUAGGCCUGUAACAAGAAACCUGUAACAGAAUGUUCAAUUGUUUACACAGAAUGUUGAUAUCAAACAGAAUGCUUGUGUUAGCAUGUUGCUAUCUACCAGAAUGUUUGCAUUGAGUGUUGAUAUCAAAGAGAUUGUUUACAUGAAAUAUAUCUAUGACUCCCUUUGCACCUGGCAUUAACAUGCAUCUUGGGUGAUCGGAUUGGAUAAAAUACAGGUGUAAAUGCGCCCGGGGCGCAUUCAGGUAGGAUUGUGAUUCGAUCACCCAAACCACUUCUGGAGGUGGUCCGGGAUGCAUUGAGAAAACACAUUGAACACAAGUGUUAAUGCAAAUGCAUUUUUAAAACACACGCAACUAUGUAAGCAGAAAUACGUGGCUUCAUGGAUGGCCACCAUUAUCGUUAAAGCGACCCUUUUUUGUUUUACAAAUAACAGUAACAUUAGCCCGCAACAAGUCAGUUAUAAUAUCUUUCAAAGGACUUGAACACUUGGGAGAGGAGGACAUCUCAUUUGAGCGGGAAGUGAAAUUAGAUUGUGAUCUGACCUCAAUGCAGACAGUAGAGACACACUAACGCCAGGUGUAAAUUUAAACCAGCUAAAUCAGAUACAAUCUGAAUACGAGGCUCAUGUUAAUGACUGGUGUAAAGGAGAUCUAUGAUUCUACACGCAACAAAUAAUAUUAAGUCUUACAUUUGGAGGGCCACAUGGACGUCUUGAGGGGACACAAUAAUUAGCCAAUUAGAAUUUCCCUCCAAAAUGUUAGGCUCUGUAUUACUUGCAAAACCCAAUCAUUACCUCUUCACUGAUGUAAUGGAUGGAACGCAUAAUGUACUUGAACUUAAACAUAAUUUUCAGGUCUUCAUUAUAUUUGUCUUAGCCUGUUAGAACAGUAAAUUCUCCAUGUCUGAGUUUUAGUUCCUCAAUAGUGAAAAUGACUUUUAAAAAUUAUUAAAUGUAUUUUCUAAAUGUUAUAAUUAUUGAUCAAUUUAAAUUAGAUGUAAAUUUCAUUUGAAAAAAUAUAGUUCAGAAUUUGUGUUUUAUCAUUUAGAUUUUGAAGUUAAUUUUAUGUUUGCAUCUUGCACAGUCCACAAGUACUGUUAUUGAUGUUCUUAAAAUAAAUCCCAGUUAAACAACAGUAUAUAUAUGCACCCAAAGAGACAACCCAAACUGCUGGGGGAUUUCACAUUCCCAGACUCGACUGAAACAAGGGGAUUUGUAGGCAGGCGCCCCCAGCCACCAUAGCUGCAAUCUGCCACUCCCCGCUCCUGUACACCCCAGCUAUUAGACCUCCUAUUAAUGCAGCACAGAUUCCUCCAAACAUGGCCCAGCAGAGCAUUGCUGCUCCAAGAUCUAUGAGGACAGACGGGCCAUAAAGGUCAGAGGCUGAUCACUGCUACUUUAAAAAAUGAAAGUUUGGUUUGGCCUCCACACUGAAAACUCUGUAUAGCAAACAUGUUGGGUCCUCUGCAGCCAAGAGAAACUAUAAUUCCUAAAACAUGUAAGGCAGUAUCUUGCGUUGCCGUGCGGACCCUUCAUUCAUCAGAGAGAAAUGCUUUAACAGUAUAGACUGUGCUUUUACCAAGCAACUAGCAAAAUAAUAAACCAUCAGUAAUAAAAACAGGGAGGAAAAAAACUGACUUUUGGCUCUGUACCUUGCAUUGCUUGAGCAGAGUCUUCCCAGCAUGCUUUAUGCUCAUGUGGAGACUGGUCCACCCACAUGGGAUCUUCCGCUAAACCUGUAACUAAUACAGGAGGCCCACCUUUCCUGAAGGUCAGCCAGAGGUAAAGCCUCUGUCCAACACUCUGCUGUGAUGGAAUCGAAUGGUGUCUUUUCUAGAACAGAUUCCUCUUUCUCUUGCCUAUCGUUAUUGACCAUUUUUUCUGACUUUUGAAUAUUUCUGAUGCUUCUUGUCAUGAGAUCCACUGAGAUGAUUGAAUGAAGACACUGAGUGUUGAAGACAAUGGAGGAAAAGAGACAGUGAUCCUACGUUUGUGAAAUGAAACUUGGCUCUCUGUGGCCUUGGGAGGAUGCAUCCAGUCUUUUACCACUUGGUUCUUUGUGAAUCAAGUUGGCUUCUGUAUCACUAAGGAUACCAGUCACGGGCAGUCACUGGAGACAACAUCAGUAUCUGCUCAAACCUAAAACCUUGGACUUAAACUUAUUUAAUUUGCAUUUAAAAAAGAAACAACCACCAAUAAGAAACUAUUAUGUUGCAUUGUGAUGGAUCAGUCUUAGAAGUAGACAUGCUCUUGUAAAAGUAACUGAAGUAGAAAGCUGCAAAUCCUUACAGAUUGUGUCAAAUUUAGAGAUCGAAAAUGUAGUAGAAGUGGAUAUCCUGUGUGCAUUUACUUCACAGUGGUGGUACAGAACCCUGGAGAUCUCAGUUCCACUCGUAUUUGGGCUGAUCAACAGUGAUUGUUGACUCCUAGAACUUAAAGGUACUGUAAAGGAAUGUAAGCUUGUAAUCUUUUAUUUAAUUUUUUAUUCUGUGUGAUUGUGCACUUUUGCAAAGACUGGCAAAUGUAUAUAUGUGAAGAACAGCAAGUGUUGCCUGAAACAAAUAAGUUAGACAGAUUGUGUGUGCCACUCCUGUUAACUGUAGAUUCCUCAACCUGCAUUGUUUGCACCCAAACCUUUACCCAUUGCACACUAACCCUUUGUUGAAGUACCCUAUACUACAAUGUACCCAGAACAUAUUUUGUUCUACUAAACUUUAUUGCUAUGAAAAGAAAUCCGAUUCAAUCUAUGCUAAUUACUAUUCCUUAUUAUAAUUCAAAUAAUUAAUCUCUAUAUACAAUUGUACAGUGGUUGUGUUAUGCUGUAAAAAUGUACAUAGGCACCAUUUUUGAUGUAUGUUUCUUGAAUUUAGCUUUUAUUACUUUUUUCCUUUAAUGAUACUGUAAAAUGGAGUAAACUGCUGACAAGGGUUGGUUUACCCCAACAUCAGAGAUGCAGUGAAAUAUCCUUGAAGUACACAGUAGAAACUGUUUGCAUUUUGUGUCAUUUUGCUUUGCAUAUACAUUUCAUCCUGUCAACAAAAAAAGCUAAAUAACUGAUUGAUGAAAGAUAUGCAAUAUAAUGCAUCAUGAUGUUGUCUUCUGUUUUUUGAUGACUGGGUCAUUGAGCUACUUGACUCUUGAAAUUCAAAUUAUAGUUUUUUCCCCCUUCCACUUUAUGACACUGCCAGGGUACAAAGUAAAAGAAGUAAUAUAUCUGGUUAUUCUAUCUUUUUCUUUAUGUCUCUGCUUGUUCUGCCCACAUGUAUGAAUUUUAAAAGAAGCAGUGGACAUCACAUUUUUAACCCAUCCAAAUUAUCUCUUCUUAGAUUUGCCACAGCACGAAAAAGCUAUACAUUUAUAAAUCUGCCUAGUGCACUCAUAAAUCAACCCUGUCCACCUAGCUAACAAACACAGGGUCAGCUAUCUAUAGCUGUAUUUAUUUAAAUUUUAUUUUUCUUGUGGCCUUAAUAGGAUUCUAGGUAACAUACUUUUGUCCUUUUGCACUCAUUGUUUUGCUGCUAAAUGUCACUUGGAAGGUGAAAUGAAGUAUUGUGUUCAAUAUUUAACAUUUGAAGUGAAUUGAUUGAAUGGAUAGAUUGUGGAUCAGCUAUCAUCUUCCUCAGAUAAAUGAAAACAAAACAUUUUUCUGUGUACAGGCAUUUUCAGUUCUGGCAUAUAGAAGCUGAAAAUCAGUCUGUCCAUAUGCAAGCGAGACAGAUGGCCUAUGUCUGUUUGUUAUCUCCAAGAAUAAUCCAUUGCUUGUGCAAUAAAAGUAAGAGUGUAGCAGUAGUUCCUUGGUAUGUCAUAAGGUAUCAGCGUAUUCCUCAGUUAUUUAAAAAAAUAUAUGUGAAUAUGACUCUACCCUUUUCUGUAUGUAAAAUAUAAAGAUGUUUGACUCAAUCUGGAAAAAUGUGACAUGCAGAGGUUUGCACUAUGAUGUAGUGCCAGAUUGGUAAAGAGGAGACAGAGAUCUGCAGAGAUUCACAGCUCUGGGCCGGUAGGCACACCGUCUACUGCUUAGAUCCAGCUCAGCUCUUAAUAGAUUCAUUUUAAUCCACCUUCUUGAACAAUUGCCUGGAUUUGACAUGUCAUGUUUAUGUUCUGCAAGCUCCCUGUGAAACAACUGGGCUGUUGGAAAUGAUCUGGUGUCAAUGUAAAGAAACAGUGAUUCACUCGUGCUCCUUUAAAUAUGUUUGUAAUGCGGAUGGGUAUCCUGCCCGGUUGCUUGUGAGUAGUUCUGACAGUGUCUCUAAGGAAUUGAAGAACCAACUAUUAAGCUUCAUUGAGACAGCUUUAACCCGGAUGUGUUUAAUUAGCAGACGCGUGUUGAAUGAACCCCUUGGCAGAGCCUGCGCAGUUUCAUUAACACUGACACACAUCCUGCAGCUCAUCCCUUUUGAAAGCAAUUUGAAGCAGAUAAACAGGGAAGAGCUGUUAAGCUCCAGCCUGUGUUCAGUUAGCCCAGUCAAACAUAAUGAAUGAACAGCAGCUAAGACGAUUACACACAGAAAUAGCCGCAGGACCAGAGCUUGUAAAUACUUCUGUAGAAGGCCUGUUUGUGAAUUGCAUCUGUUAUAAAGCCAUUAUAAGGGUAUUACACUAUUGCCAUAGCCAUUUGUCACCAUAAUGCAGAGUGAUACAUCACAAUGGUUUUUUUUUUUUUUUGCAUUAUACUGCACCAGCUUGUACUCAUUUAAAUAAUUACUUUCUCUGUCCCCUCUCUUACCCUGCAUCUUAACAGCUGAGGCCAUCUUGGAAUUUAUGCUGCUCUUUUUAAGGAGCUCCUCCUUUCAAUUUAGUAGAAAUAUAGAUAUGCAGAAUAUGCAUGUUUCAUUUUCUAGCUAUUUCACACAGAAUGCAUGUACAGAUAGACCUGUGUUGAAUAUCAGUGUCUGCAGCUGGUUAUGCAACACCAGUUUCAGACGGGAUUGUCAUGUGACUGAACUAAACAAACUGCCAUUCAGAAGGUUGAGGCAUGUUAUGACAAACUGCAGAUCUCUCUGGACUGGAACUGGUAGUCAUAUUUAGGAAGGCUUGGUCAUGCAGUGGUGUUUCGCUUCCAUACUUGUGCACCUCUUCCUCACAUCCGUAAUACCUUGUCUGACCCUUGAGUGUGUGUGAGUGUGUGUGUGUGUGUGUUCUGACGAGAUAAUCUUUCAAUCACCUGAAAUAAAAACGCUGGCCAGUCAACACAACCAUAAACUUUAUGGUUUAUAAUGUAAUACGGCUAUACAAAUAAAUGAAAGGAAUUGCAAGGAAUUGUUUACAGGGUAUUUACCUCAGGGCCAGAUUCAGUUGUCUCCAUGGGGAUAGUUCACAAAGCAGGAUUACUAGGUUAGCUGGAUAACUUCACUGAGUAAAACUCAGAGCAGCUCUUUUUACUUCAGUCCAUGUUUCAGAUUUGAGAAGGUUCCGUUAGUGCAGUUAUCUGGCUAACUAAUUAAUCUUGAUACAUGAAAUCAGGCCUAGGUCAGUGGCCUGUGAUUUCAAUGGGUAUAGGGACGUUAUCAAGCCGCUGAACACUUAGCCCCUCCUGUGGCUCCCAUCCAGUGAAGCUCCCUAUUGUAUUUUAUCUCCCAAGUUGAUGCACCCAAAGUGCCCGGUCAGCAAUUUUUGUUUGUUUGUUCUGUAUAUCAAGACACUCAAUUCAUCCUGUCUUGAUGGGAAGUGGCAUCCAAGGUUUCUUAACAUGAAAUAUAAAGAGACAUGGUCCAACGCUACAGUCCAAUCACAAGCUGCAUGCUUAGAUGCUGAGGCAGCAUGCAAGAGCCUAGUCAUCCAAUAAAGGUGUGUUAUGCUGUUUCUACGAUUAAUUCAAGAGGCCAGUGUUCCAGAUUUAAAUUUCAUAUUGAACGGGAAAAGCAGCUUCUAUUAAGUUCUGAAAAACCCCAAUGCAUUUACAAGGACCCCACCACCCUUUCUGCAUUUACUGCAUGUAUUUUCAAGUAUUUAAACCAGAAGAUUUGGUAUUACCCUUAUUGAUUCAAUUUCUUUGGAGGGGAGGGUAAGGAUAAUAGAAGCAUUGUAAUAGAAGCAACUAGUAUGACUACAAAACCACUGAAAUACUCUCACUUCUACUGCCAGAAGACCAUCCCCCUCUGACAGUGAUUCAGUAACUGUCUUACCUGGAGGACUCAGAAAGACAGUUGACAUUUUUAUUGACUGUCUAACCCAUAAGAACUUCGCUUUUGACCAAUGUAUUUGAAACUCCAAAAGAUUUUGUACAUGUGAGAUGAUUCAGUACUUUUAAGUGCCACCAAGCAAGUUUGUUUACCUGAUAUUCUAUGGGACAGUCCUCAGAAAUAUAAAAAUGUAAAAUCCAAAAUUUAAGAAAUACAGUUUUAGUUUGUCAAGGAUAUUGUUCAAAUAUUAAAGAAUAUAUAUUAAAGAUAUAUUGUCAACAAUAUAUUGCAUGGAAUUGAUAAUAUGAAAGUGGAAAUAAGUGAUAUAUUGUGAAGCAUAUUAUGCAAUAUAUUUUUUGCAUAUAUUAAAUAUAUUUGCCUAAUAUUUUGGAUUUCAUAUUUUACCUCUUGCUGUAUGUGUGUGUAAGAGAUAGAUAGAUAGAUAGAUAGAUAGAUAGAUAGAUAGAUACAUGUGGGUGUAUGCCUGUUUGUGUCAUAGAAAUAUGAAGGGGUAUGUGAAAGAAAAUUGUGUGUGUGUGUGUGUGUGUGUGUGUAUCCGUGUCAUGUCCACUGGUGUCAGCACACCAACAUUUUGACUGGUACACCCAAAAAUCAGAGGUUCCCCCUGGGCCACAAACUCCCAUACUCCUGUGUACUCACCCGGUUCUCCCAUGAUUGGAACUCUGGUCUAAUCUCUUACCCUCAUUAUUCUCUUGAUUAUUUUCUCUUACCCUCAUUAUUCUCUUGAUUAUUUUGUUUCCAAUGCUCAGUCUCCAUUUCUUAGCUGCUUACGUGAAAUUUAUCUGUACUGAUAUCUGUUCAAAUGAUCCCAAUAAAAGGAUUUAUACUGACCAUA